AUGAGAGGGAGCGGGACGCGGCCGGGCCGAGGCGGGAGGCGAAGGGCUGUUCCCGCACACACAAAGGCGGCCCCUGCCCGGCCCCGGCGCUCCGCCGGACCCGCGGGCCGCGCCGGGCCCGGGAGGAGCCGCAGGACGGCGGCUUCCCGGCGGGGAAGGGCUGAGCCGCCCGCCGGGCCCGCCCGGACCUACCCUGCAGCGCGGAGCCGGGAGCGGUCCCCGCCGGGCCGCAGGGACGCCAUCAUGCCGGGGAGGAGAGCGGGAGCGCUGCCCGGGCCGCUCCCGCCGCGCCCGGGGACAGCCCAGGCAGCGCCCGGGGACAGCCCAGCGCGGAGAGGCGCGGGGGGACGCGAAGUUGUUACCGGCUGGCGGGCGGUGACGGGCGGGCGGCGGGCAGCUCCUCCGCGCCGGGACCGGGAGCGGGAGCGGGAUGGAUGUGCCGGGCUGGCGUCAGGCGGCCGGAGCCGCCCCGCGCCGCUCACCGGCACACUCGCACACACACUCACACACACACACACACCACCGGCCCGGCCAGGGAUCCUCCCCAAAUUCCCGCCCCCGCCGCCGCUCCGCCGGGUCCCGCUGGGAGCGCUGCGCCCGCCGCCGGAGAGCGGCCCCGGCACGGCACGGCCCGGCCCGGCCCGGCACAACACGGCACGGCACGGCACGGCCCGGCCCGGCACGGCCGCUGUGUGCCCUGACCCGCAGCCCGACCCCCGCCCCGGUGAGAGCCCCCUCCCGCACCCUCACGGGGGCUUAAACGGCGUGUCUGCCCCGGCUCCGGCAGCGGGGCUUAGGGGACAGCGGCGGAUGCUGUCAGACCUGGAGCUAGAGCCAAUUGCUGAUCGAACAGGAUUAUGUCCUGCCGCUUGCCACAGGUGUUUCACACCUGGACAUCCUCCUGCCCAUGGGUAUUGCUGCACUCCCUCCUCAUCCAUGCCAAUAAACACAUUACAGUGUGUGAGGCUUCUUGUGCAGUCAGAGCCGCAGCAAUGAAGCCUCACGCCACUGUCCUUCGGAAAUGAACUUGAACUCCAUUUGGAUCUGAAGUGUCAGCUCCAAAGUGGAGCUGGCUGAAAGUUUGGAGCGCACAAGUGAACGGUGAGCCUCUCCUGCCUGCUGUGUUUACAGGGAUCUUUGUAGCAGUCAGAUAAGUGUUGUGCAAGCAAGAUCGAACUGAAACUGAUUCUUUGACAAAUACUCUGGCUUUUACCCAGUCAUCGUUCCUGGAAGGAGAUGUGAAGCAACAAGUGCAAGAUGUUUCUACGUGGCAAAAUAUUCUGAUAACACCUAUAGGGGCAUAAUUAUAUCCCUAUACUUAGGCUAGUAAAUUUUCAUCUGUAUAGGCAGGGUCUGACUUUAACCUCAUUAUAAAAUCCAGCAGCACUGAGGCCCAAAGGACUUAAGGCCCUGAGAGUUUUAGCAGAUGAACAGUGGUCCUGCCCACCCAUUGUGAGUCUGAGGACACACAACUGCAAUGGCUUGCCCAAGGUCACAGAAGGAGCACGACAGCAGCAGUAAAACAUGCCCAGGCUUAUGCCUGUGAGGGUAUCAGGGCUUCUUUCUAGCUUCAUGAUCUAGAAUUAAUCCAUUUCUUUGCCACAUAAAUACCACAUAAAUUGCAAACAGGUGAACUGGACUAUAUUGUUAGGUAUUAUGCUACAAUAAUGGUAGAGGAACUCCCACACGGGAUGAUGCCAUAAUAUUGAUGGGGAAAGCCUGGAAUAAAAUUACUCUUUUAUUACUUAAAUUUUGAACCUUAAAUGAUUCAAGAUGAGUGAUCUUCGAUAAUCAUCUUUACUGUGUAUUUUAUGCUUGCUCUGUACACAACUGCAGCUAGCAAGUGCUGUGAACUUUUUCUGUGCAAUCACAGACUCAGUGUAGCACUGGACUGCAGAUACAACUGGUAAGGUUUAUCUCAAGACAAACGGAAAGGUCUUUAAAUUCUGUCAGUGUAAUGAAGACAUUUACAAGCAAGGUACAGCAGAAACGUGAAGCUGCUCCUGGUUUUUGUGCUGUGGUAGUGCUUCACCUGGGUCCAGGUGUCCUGGAUCCAGAGCAGUGCAUGCAGCAGUGGUGUCUGCCCCACACGCUUGGCAGUCUCAGUGAUCCAGCCUCACACAGAGAAAGAGAUGGAGAAGGCCCCACGUGUGCCUGAGCUCUGCUCUGCUGACU